UGGUUUUGUCACAAUGCUGACAGGCCUAGCGCGCACCUAGUUCCAUUUCCAAAUCAUCUUCCACCUUCGAUCUCUUCUAUCUAGAGACAUGAGCGUUCCUACAUUGGUUCCUCCGGAGGACGAAGGCUCGGCCCAGACCUCUAUUACGUCCGCUGUAACAACGCCAAACCACCAGGACUCCGGAAAUGUUGUUGCUGGCGCUGGAAAUGCCACCGAAAAUGCCACCAAUUCCGUCGAUAGUGAGUCAGCUAUUUGCAGAGCCUUGGGUCCUUCUUGUUCAAGCCAUCGACCUCCUUAUCAGAAGCGAUCGCUAUGUUAUUACCGUCUCAGCGUGGCCCCGAAGGAUAUUUCCAUGACACGAUCCCCUCCUUCGCUUCAAGCUCGACUUCGCCAAGCUUCGUGCCGGUAGCGACCGAGCCUCCUGCUUUCCCAGAACCAGCCUCGGUCGACGAUUUUCUCUUUGAACUUGAUGAGGGAAUCGAGCCCUCACUCGAGCCUCCUCUGCCCGAUGACACAUCUUCUACAACGGUUCGUGACCGACUUAGCGUCCCAUUUUCCUGGUCAACACCCACUUUAUCCGAUGGUUCAUCCACAAUCGCCCCAUCUUUUACAUCUUCUGCAUCGUUCACAUCGUCUUUAAGGAAGAAAGUUGCAAGCAUUGCGUCGGCAGGCGCUUUCUUUGCCGAAUGCUUGGACUCGAAGCCAUAUCGAAUCUUUUCUGUCCGAACGUUCUGCGAAAGCUUAUUCAACAGUCGUCGUGCUGCAAAUGCCAGGAUCGUGUCUGUCCAACGAUAUGGCGAUCUUCAAGGGGUGCCGCAUCGAUUCCUCAUCCUGCAUGUCACUCGAGCCGACGGAGGGGAGUUCUAUCUUCGGUUGGAUCGCAGACGGGACCACAAAGUCCCGUUGUGGUUGUUUGGAGUACGAGAUUUGGGAACGUCACACGCGAUAGAUACGACUCGACCACCUUCUUGAUUUCACCAACAAGAAGUCAGGGAUAGAGGCCAUCAUGAUCUUCCCCACUCCCGUUCCUCUGUUCGCGGCUGUGCAAGUUCUGUACGCGAUCGCUGCAGAAUCUCCUGGUUACAAGCUAACCAAAGAAAA